AAAAGUUGCAAUUUUCUCUAUAUACUCUGUCUUAAACAUUCUUUCUUCAAAAAUUUUAAGCGAUUAACAAUUGUAAAUUUCGUUUUUGAGGCAUGGCAACAAAAUUUUGUGACAAUGUUGAAGACAUUGAGGAUUUAACUACGUUAAGGGAUUCUUCAAACUCUUCAAAACAUCUCAGUUCUGCGCCAAAAGUUAAAAGAAAAUAUGAUUCCCCACGUGUUAUUGUUGCUGAUAGUAUAAUUCCAGGUACUCAAAAAGUAUAUGUUAAAACUUGGGGCUGUGCUCACAAUAGUUCUGAUAGUGAAUAUAUGGCUGGACUUUUAGAUGAAUAUGGAUACAUCAUUACAGACGAGGCAUCUGAUGCUGAUAUCUGGCUUUUAAACAGUUGUACAGUAAAAAAUCCAGCGGAGGACCAUUUUCGAAAUGCUAUUGAAGAAGGACAGCGUCUGAACAAAUACGUAGUGGUUGCUGGCUGUGUGUCCCAAGCUGCUCCUAAAACUCCUUAUUUAAAAGGCCUUAGCAUCAUUGGUGUUCAACAGAUUGAUAGGGUGGUUGAAGUUGUUGAAGAAACGCUGAAAGGAAAUUCAGUGCAACUUCUUGGAACUAAGAGAGUUUCUGGUAAAAAGCAAGGUGGUGCAUCAUUAAAACUACCAAAAGUGAGAAGAAAUGAAUUGAUUGAAAUAAUUCCUAUUAAUACUGGGUGCCUUAAUCAAUGCACUUACUGUAAAACAAAGCAUGCUAGAGGUAAUCUUGGAAGUUAUCCAAUAUCUGAAAUCGUGGAACGAGCCAAGAUAGCAUUUGAAGAGGGUGUUAAAGAAAUUUGGUUGACAUCUGAAGACACAGGAGCUUAUGGAAAAGAUAUAGGAGAAACCUUGCCCAAACUUUUGUAUAGAUUAGUGGAAGUUAUUCCUGAUGGCUGUAUGCUUCGACUAGGGAUGACAAAUCCUCCUUACAUCCUAGAGCACUUAAAAGAUAUGGCUGUUAUUUUGCGGCAUCCAAGAGUAUAUUCAUUUCUCCAUGUACCAGUGCAGUCUGGAAGUGAUUACGUUCUUGGUGAAAUGAAGCGAGAAUAUUGUAUUCUUGAUUUUGAAAAUGUUGUGAAUUACCUCAGAACAAAUGUUCCAGGUAUUACUAUUGCAACGGAUAUAAUUUGUGGCUUCCCAACAGAGACAGCAGAGGACUUUGAAGAAACAAUGAAGUUGGUAAAAAAGUACCAUUUCCCUGUAUUAUUCAUCAAUCAGUUUUUCCCCCGUCCUGGCACACCUGCUGCAGCCAUGAAGAGAGUUCCUGGUCCAGAGGUUAAACGUCGAACAAAAUUGCUUAGUGAAUAUUUUCAGUCUUACACAUGUUAUGACAAGAAAAUUGGUACCAUCCAAGACAUUUUAAUUACUGAAGUAUCUCAUGACAAGCAGCAUUUUGUUGGACACAACAAAUUUUAUGAACAGGUUUUAGUGCCGAAGGAGGAAAAAUACUUAGGACAAUCAUUAAAAGUGCAAAUAACAGAAACAGGAAAGCAUUAUAUGAUAGGCAAAGUCUUGUCAGAGAAUGAAAGCUCUAGCUUUUCUAGAAAAAUGUAUUAUAUUAUGUUUUUUCUUUUAACA